AUGACUGCCCACAGGAGAGGUCCGUGGUCCAAUGCCGAAGACUCUUACCUGAUGCAACUGGUUCAAACACACGGCCCCCUCAACUGGGUGCGGAUUGCCCAAACCUUGGGCUCACGAACGCCCAAGCAGUGCCGUGAACGCUACCAUCAGAACCUAAAGCCAACGCUCAACCACGACCCCAUCACACCCGAGGAAGGCCUUCAGAUCGAGCGUUUGGUGCAUGAAAUUGGAAAGCGAUGGGCCGAGAUCGCCCGUCGGCUCCAUGGACGGAGUGACAACGCUGUUAAGAACUGGUGGAACGGUAGCCAGAACCGCCGCAAGAGGCUGGACCGCCGACGCGCAGUCCAAACCUAUGACGAACACUACAGUCGGACAGCACUCUCUAUUUCAACGCCAACACUUCCCCUGCCGAGGACACAGUCAUCCACACAGUCCACCCAGGGCCACCGGCACCCUAUGCCAUGGGUGGAAGCACCUCUCCCGUCUCCUUGCUCAUCUGAAUCCGCCGAGUCAGAUUCAGGCUCCAACUACACAACAUCGCCGGGCCGGCAUCCAUUAUCGCUGCAUAUGCCGGUUGAGUUGCCCCCACUCCGCACCGCCGCGGUGCCGUCUGGUGAUCCCAAGCUUCCCAGCCUAAGCUCGCUGGCCUCGCCCACCUUUGGAGACCGACGCGAAUCUCAGUCUCGACUACCUCCACUGGCACCCCAGAACCAGCUGCCUACAGCACCAAACUCCCCCGCCCAACAGCACCUUCAACUACGACAACAGCCGCAGGCGCUCUCGGACAAGGACUCGCGGAUGAAUGUGGCUGCUCUCCUGGGGUGA